ACGACUCACUCGUUUAUCCCACUUAAUGAACCAUGAUCUUGAUUCGACGGUCUUAACAAGUGCAACACAGCUGUGAUUCCAUGGCGUUCCCCAGUCCUGGGAUAACGAUGCUAGAGCAUUAAAUCCACGCAGAGCUACGGAGUGCUGUGACAUAGUGUGUGCAGCCUAGCUCACACUAUGCAGUUCCCUCGUUCAAUCACUGCUGCUGUCAAACUGCUUGCGGUGUGGGUAUAGCCAACAACGUACAUUUGUCCAGUAUUGUGGCUAACAGCGGGACUGUAGUGAGUAUGUACGGGACUAGGACCGCGGACCCUAGUGUAGCAGGUUAUAAUGUUUCAAGGAUCUGAGGCUGGCAGUUACAUGUUUGACGCUGCCAUCGACUGAUGCCUUCGGAGGAAGAUGUAACUUUGAAUAUUCUGCAUGCAACGCUCCAGACGUGCGUCACCAUCUAUCUCCGUCGAAGUUGUAACGACGGGCAGGUUGCGAUCAGUUCUCACUGCUGAUAUACCAGCCGCUGCAGGCAGACUCGAUCGCCGAACUGAGAGCUUCAGAAAGUUCUGUCGGCAUGUGCGAGGGAGCUGAACUCGACAUAUUUCACCUGACCGUAUCAAAGUGCAAGUGAUCGUGGACACCCUGGAGCCUGAAGAUAUACAGACUUUACUAUGACAGUAAAACAACGUUGAGACCACUGAGACAAUGGCGAAGUCGGGCUGCUGGGGGUUAUCGUUCUUGAAGCGCACGUGCAGAGGAUGCAGGCGCCAUCUACUGGCCUGGUUGGUAGGAAUCGUGUUGCUGUACUCCAUCUUCUUCGUAUCCCAGUAUGUUGUGCUGAACAACAGUACCGUCAAGAGUCUACGUGCCUAUGACGUCAUAUCACGUGAUUCUGACGUCAUACCAAAAGCUUACUCCCGUUCGUAUGAACCACCAACGUGGGGAAAUGUUUCUGGAUUAAGGGACGAAAUAAAACCGUUAUUGAUACAAUACACACUGUCCUUAAAGAAAAGGGGAUCCACUGAAGUGCUCAACGUUCCUUGGAACGGACCUGAAAUUGACUUCCAGAGCGAUGCUUGUGGAAAUGUGAAGACAAUAAAAACAACUUCCAAAGCCACAAUUAUUAUCAACUUGCAUGGCGCCAGGGUUGAUAAGGCACUGACGUCAUUAUUUCACGUUAUAAAACUGACGAAUAUUAGUCUUGUGGAAGAUGUGAUCAUAAUUGGUGAUAUGGGACUUCCGCUUCUCUAUCGUGAUGUGUAUGAGCUUUUUUCGGAUUAUCUUCCUACAUUCCGUCUUUUCAUAUCACCCAAGAGGACAACCGUUACCCAAGCCAGGAAAUACGCUGCAAAGUUUGCCCACGGUGAGAUCAUUGUCUUCCUUGACGGACUUGUGGUGGUAACAAAACACUGGCUUGAACAAAUUAUGACGGCCAUCUUGGAAAAUCCUAACAGCAUUGUGCAACCGUUGAUUAUCACGAAUCAAACGAUCUUAGAUAAAAACGGUCGACCCAUGUAUAUUCAUAAGAGAGAAAUCCAAUUAGAUUUGACCCUAAAGGAGGUUAAAGUUCCAGUUUCAAUGGCGGAAAAUUCUUGGUCGAAGGAGUCAUUGAUCUCAAGCACAGCGUUUGCAUUGAGGAAAGAGCUUUAUGAAAAUCUGAGAGAGUUUGAUGAAUAUUCUGGGCUGACUGAUCUGGAAACGAUGGUGUUGUCGCUGAAGUCGUGGAUGUGCGGCGAAGGCGUCGUGACGGCGCAGUGCGCCACUGUCAUACUUCAGUCUCCCACCAGCGCAGUUGACAAGAGCCCUGCAACAUCGUCUGCCAUGACAGGCAAGACAACAUUGUUGAAACGCUACCGCCAUCUUCUGUUUGUUGCUGCUGUUUGGUUGCCCCCUUAUGAUGAAGUUUACAAAUGCCUGCUUCCCAAGUCAAAACAGGUUCGAUUGACUUACAUCGACAAGAGAAAUAUCCGGAUGUAUAAAUUGUUUUAUAAUCGCCUAAAAUGUAGAAAGUUCACAGACUUUAUCAAACUCGUGCAACCAAAUUUUAUUAAACCUGAACGCAAUACUACAGGUCACGGUGCUUUGAGUGUUGAAGGUCAUGACCUUUACUUGACAAGGUCACGUAACGGAUCCUUGACCUUUUUGUCUGACCUUGCUCCAAGUUCUCAUCCAUUCACAUAUGCCAAUUCUAAGUUAACCGUUAGUGGGUUGUGCGUUACUUUUCAACCAAACAAUAAAAUAUUUUUAAGGAAUUGCGAGAAAAAAAAUUUAAAUCAAGAUUGGCUGUACAAAGAUGGCCAAAUACGACUGAUGAGAAAUACGCACUUGUGUAUCGUCAGAGACAGGAACGCCACUAUACCCUCUGUGUACCCAUGCAGAAGCAAACAUGUUGUUGCCAAAUUUACCUUCACCUUUAAUUUUGCUGUAAAUUGUAUCAAAUAAUUAAUUAUUUAUUCAUAUUGCGUUUUUUUUGCAAAUAAUUAAAAUAUUUAU